GCUUGAUCGACAACGCGCAGAGUGUCUCCCGCAUCCGACAUCGAGCACUCCGACGACGACUUCAAGUCAAUCGAUCCCCCCUCAGAUCGGUUGUGCGCGCGAUCCCGAACAGCGACCCGCCCCCUCCCCUUGGCCAACAUGAGGUUCCUCCUGCCGUUGCUGACCCUCGUGUCAGCCGCUCAGGCGCUGUACUUCUUCGUCGACGGCGCGACCUCUAAAUGCUUCUUCGAGGAGCUGCCAAAGGGCACGCUCGUCGUCGGGCACUACUCUGCCGAGGAGUGGGACGACCGCAUGCACUCGUGGCAACAACACAGCGGCAUCAGCAUCUUCAUCUCCGUCGACGAGGUAUUCGACAAUGACCACCGGGUCGUGUCCCAGCGCGGACAGUCGUCCGGCCGCUUCACCUUCACCGCCCAAGAGGCCGGGGACCACCGAAUCUGCUUCACCACGUCUAGCAGCUCUGGUCGCUCGGGCUGGCUCUCGUCGAGUGGCCCCAACGGCGGCAUCAAGCUGCGCCUCGAUCUCGCCAUCGGCGACUCCAGCCAAAUCGAGAGCAGCGACAAGGGCAAGCUCCAGGACAUUGCCGGCCGUGUCAAGGACCUCAACGCCAGGCUCAACGACAUCCGCCGGGAGCAAGUCUUCCAGAGAGAGCGAGAGGCCGAGUUCCGCGACCAGUCCGAAGCGACCAACGCUCGCGUUAUCCGCUGGAUCGUCAUCCAGCUUCUUGUCAUCGGCAUCACCUGCGCAUGGCAGCUAUCCCACCUGCGCUCCUUCUUCAUCAAGCAGAAGCUCACUUGAACCACGAGUCUUGUCAUUUAGGAGUUGUUAUGUGGGAUGACGCAAAAUAUGUACUGUUAGACGUUCGCGCAUGGCCGGAGCCCGGGCGGAGAGGCAUCAGCUUUGGAGGCUACGGCGACGUGCUGGAGAUCACGGUACGACUGUCCACUGUGGCCAAAACUACGUAAUGUCAUUGUUCGAGCUUGGGAAAAGGAGCAUGCGAGGAGAUGAUUCAAGACUUCUAUUUCCAUUGCAAUGAACACCCGACGAAAACUCCAUAGCUGCGUUAGUAAUGGGUCUCGGCUCACAAACAUGAUUCUCCGCCUUGCGCCCAUCGACACUGCACGCACCUCACCGCUCUGCCCGAUUCUUUCUGCGCCUCUACCGAAAUCCUCCCCACCUUGUCCCGUCCGACCUUUGUCCCUCACUUUGCCGAGGCGGGAAAGGUCUAGGAUCUAGGAAGGUUUAUUAUAGAAG